AGCAACCUCGGAUGAUAGUGAAUGGAAGUUUAGUUUGUGAGUUUGGGAUAUCGAGGGAGAAAUUAACAGAGAGCGUGAGGAUUAACCUGCGUAAAACAACAACAACAACAACAACAACAACAGAAAGUUAAGUCAGACUCAUAAUUAUUUACUUUUUGCUUUCACACGAGACUAAGUAGACCCUGCUCGAGUUAAAGCCGAACAAGAGCCCUCUCUCUCUGCCACCCCCCCCAAAAGUCUGUGUCGUGGAGGGUAGCAGGUGUUCAGUUGAGGGAGACGCAUCGCCUCAGUCGGCACCCCGAGCCUCAACAGGGUGCCAAGACCGCUAACUGCCGGACUGAAACUCCCGUGAGUGCGAACGGACGUCGAUAAGACCGCUGCUGGAGGUGAGCGUUUGUUUCCCGGGCGAACUGGUGUGGAAGACCGUUGGAGACUCUGGAUAAAAAAAAAAGAACAGAAAAGAAAACGACAGGCUCCAGUGUCGCAGCGACAGCAGUGAGAGUAACGUUAACGUCUCUGUAACGGCCGUUUAUCAUUUUCAAACCGACCGUUACUUCUUCUGUGGUGCCGGCUAACUCUUCUUCGCCGGUGAACGUACAGAAAGGACAGAAAGAAAAACUCCCCGUCGCUGCGGAGAAACUUGUAAUGCGUUUUAGUUUUUUUUUUGCUAACCUGUUGUGUCAUUUUCCGUGUAACCCGAGACGCAGCGCGUUACUGCAAGUUAGCCGAUUUGGUAUCCGGAGCAUAGAGUCCCGUCCUCGGCGACUCGGUGGAGGAUUUCGACCUGGGUUAGCAGUUAAUUAGGAUAUCUUAACGUCAACUUCAGAUAACGGACUGCGGCGUCUCCAUCACCACCACCACCACCACACUUGGGGGGGAAAGACUCGGAGCGGUCCUGUGCGCAGUCAGAAAACCACGGCUCCCCACACAAUCAAUUACCGAAUUGAUUUUUCUAGAGCACACAAGCACGGGUGGAUAAUUUACGCGUUUUAUUGCCCCUGUGUUAAUAACGACCGCGGUCUUAACAGCUGAAUGAUCCGCGGGACAAAUCCCCGGUGAAGACAUCAAAAAAACAAGCGCGGAUUUGAGGUCGAUUGCAGGGAGUAAGCCGAUAAGUCUAAAACACACUCAAAUGUAUUAAUUCUCCCCGCUCGGAUCAAUCCAAAUGAGAAUGAGGUAUCGCAGGACGCAGAAACACACGGACUCCGCCACAACAGAGAGAGAUCACCGUGCUGUUACACCGUGAAAGCAGGACUGAGUGAGGGAAAGUCUCUGUUGUUGGUGAGCCAGACCCCCCCACCCCCACCCCUCUUGCUCCUCUUUCUCCCGCUGCCUGCUGAGUUUUGGACACCGGAGCUGCCAAGUCAGAGCUGGGGAGCUUGUCGGCAGCGAGAGUGGUGCUGAACUCCCGGAGCUCGGAUCUUCGCGUCCCCGGGAAAGCGCGGAGGUAACCGGCGCUGAAUCCCCGCUCCUCUUGUCUCAUCUCCUCCCCUCUCUGCUCGGACUUCUCUAUCAUUCGUGCGCAGGGCAGAGAAAGAAAGAGAGAGAGAGAGAGAGAGAGAGUUGCAGCAGCAGCAAAGCACAAGCAGACACCGGCACUGUUGGCCCCCUCUCUCCCGCAUGAUGAAACCGGGACUGUGCUGCUCUGAUGGGUCCCCGGAGCGUGUGGAGGGACCGGCACCAGCAGGGAUCCGGCAGAAGAUGGGGACAGGGGCGACCCGGAGUGGGAGCCGGUGUCCGCCUCUUUUUCUCCUGCUCCUUCUCGGCAGCAGCUGCCACAUGUUGCACGGCCAAGAGGUGGCUCCCUACCUGCGCGGGGGUGGACAGCGGCAGCAGGUGGUGUUGGAAGGAAACAGACUGGUGCUGACCUGCCUGGUUGGAGGCAGCUGGCCUCUGCAGUACCGCUGGACUUUCAACAACAGCAACAUCACCGACUGGACCCAACAGUACAGGUUGUCUGUUUCGUCGUUGAAGAGGACUGAUGCUGGCCUGUAUCAGUGUAUCGCGAGGAACAGGAUGGGAACAGUUAUAAACCGGAGGACAGAGGUGCAGGUGGCCUUUUUGGGGAACUUUUCCGCUGAGGAGCAGAGAAAGACGGCGACUCAGGGCCGAGCAGCCAUCAUCAGCCAGCCUCCCCUUGCUUCUUUCCCCCGACCUCUUGUGACAUGGUUCAAAGACGGACACAAGAUAAUCCCCAACAACCGAAUAGCAAUCACUUUGGACAAUCAGUUGGUCGUCUUGGCAACCACUGCAGCGGACGCAGGACGUUACCACGUAGAGGCGGUGAACGAGAUGACAGGAGAGAAUGUGACGAGUCCCGCCAUCUACCUGAGCAUCUCAGUUGGCAAGAAGAACCGUGGGUCAACAGAUCCUGAAUCAGAACUCGUGACUCCGGCGAUUGUGAUCGGACCCAAAGACACAACUGCGGUGGCAGGCAGUGAGACUACACUGGAGUGCAUUGCUAAUGCCAGACCAGUGGACAGUCUCGUGGUGUCAUGGAAACGCGAUGGGCGUCGGCUGGCCAGUGGGCGUCGGCUCAUAAUUCCUGCCCCUACCUUCUCUGACACAGGGUUAUAUGUUUGUGAAGCAUUGCUUAGCAACAGCACUGCCAAACCUGUGGAAGCAAGAGCACACCUCACUGUAAUGGAGCCUCCUUCUCUAACAGCUCAACCAACGAGGAAGAUCUUUGCUGAGCUUGACAGGAAUGUAGAUAUCCCAUGCCUGGCUACAGGCGUGCCCCAGCCCAGGAUAGAGUGGUUUAAGGACGCAGUACCGCUUUCCAAACUGGCCAACCCUCGCUACAAGGUCACCGCAGCAGCUGGGCUGACGGUGCGCCGGGUGCAGCCAGGAGACGGAGGAAUAUUUCAGUGCCUCGCUCGCAACGGUGCUGGAGAAACGCAGGCGCACACUCAGCUCCUUGUCUCCAGUGUGGCCCCGACAUUUACAUUCCCUCCGUCCGACCAAACAGUAACUGAUGGGAACACAGCCUUGUUUAUCUGCCAAACGAGCGGAGCUCCAAAACCUGCCAUCACAUGGAAGAAAGGGUCACAGAUCUUGGCCAGCGGCUUUGUCCAGGUUCCAAAAUUCACACUAUUACAGUCAGGUGGUUUGCAGAUUCAGCCAAUCAGCUUCCAGGAUGCAGGAGACUACACCUGCAUUGCCUCCAAUUCAGAGGGAACCAUCAACGCCACAGCAACACUCACCGUCUGGAGUCGUACCGUCAUUUCUGUGCCUCCAGCAGACAAGCGUGUCAUCAAAGGAACUACUGCUGUUCUGGACUGUAAUGCUACACAUGACCCCAGAGUCGACAUCAGCUUCAGGUGGGAUCGAGGUGGUGUGGUGGUCCUUCCGACCAGUGGAGGCCGUGUCUCCGUGCGCCAGGGAACCCUCACUAUUGGCCAGACGUGGUCAGGUGACAUUGGGGAUUACACCUGCACCGUGACCUCAAAGGCCGGCAAUGACUCUCACUCUGCACGCCUCGAAGUCAUUGAGCUGCCACACUCUCCUCGCUCCCUGACCGCCCGCCUCAAUGACUCUGAUUCUCGCUCCGUCCUCCUCUCCUGGCUGCGCCCCUUUGACGGGAACUCCCCGCUUCUCCACUACCUGCUGGAGCUCUCCGAGAACAACUCGCCGUGGAAGGUCUACCUAUCAGAGGUCGAUCCCGCGGUGACCGAGGUAUCUGUGGGCGGGCUCACGCCUGCUCGGACCUAUCAGUUCCGACUCUGUGCUGUCAAUCAAGUGGGCAGGGGUCAGUACAGCGCUGAGACGCAGAGAUUGAUGCUGAGGGAGGAGGCGCCCAGCGCACCACCAAAGAACAUCGUAGCCAGCGGGCGAACAAACCAGUCCAUCAUGGUCCAGUGGCAGCCGCCGCCAGAACCUCAGCUCAACGGAGUCCUCCGAGGAUAUGUACUCAGGUACCGUCUGGCAGGACUACCGGGGGACUACCAGGAGAAGAACAUCAGCAGCCCCGAGACCAACUACUGUCUGCUGAAAGAUCUGAUCAUCUGGACCCAAUACCAGAUCCAGGUGGCUGCCUACACCGGAGCCGGCCUUGGCGUCUACAGCAGCCCUGUCACAGAGUACACUCUGCAGGGAGUUCCCACAGCCCCUCCCCAGGAAGUGGAAGUUUUAGCUAUCAACUCAACUACCAUCCGCUUCACCUGGAAUCCUCCACCUCAGCAGUUUAUUAAUGGCAUCAACCAGGGAUACAAGCUGCUGGUCUGGCCAGAGCAGUCUCCAGAGGAUGUUAAGGUGGUAACCAUCACCCCAGACUACCCCGGUGCACGCCACACAGGAUUAGUCAGCGGACUCAAGAAAUUCACCUGGUACUUCGGCUCCACCCUCUGCUUCACAACACCUGGAGACGGCCCCUGCAGCUCCCCCACCCUGCUGCAGACACACGAGGACACACCUGGACCUGUUCGGCAGCUGAGCUUCACUGAAAUCUUGGACACAUCACUCAGAGUCAGCUGGUCAGAGCCUGAAGACAAGAAUGGCAUCAUCACUGGCUACGUGAUGUGGUGGGAAGUUCCCGGUGUAGAGUCGAGUCGUGAAGAACGUUCACUCUCCAACUCCACCCUGCAGUACCAGCUGACCGGCCUCACCUCCACCACCACAUACACGCUACAGGUAGCAGCACUCACCGCCGCAGGACGAGGCGUGGUCACGUCCUCCACCAUCUCGACUGGAGUCCCACCAGAGCUUCCUGGUGCACCGUCUAACUUGGUCAUCUCCAACAUCAGCCCUCGGACAGCAACACUUCGGUUCCGCCCUGGUCCUGAUGGCAAGACCGCCAUAUCACGAUGGAUCGUAGAAGGCCAGGCAGUGAAGCGGGACAUAAAGGAAGAGGCGUGGAGAGUUGUUUACCAGAAAGACAACCAGCCAGACGCAGACACACUCGAGAUCCCUAACCUUACUCCGUUCACGCAGUACAGGUUCAGGAUGCGGCAGCUGAACAUUGUGGGCUCCAGUCCCAUGAGCGCCCCCUCCAGGCUGAUUCAGACCCUACAGGCUGCCCCUGACACGCACCCCUCUAACCUCACCCUGCUGUCUGCCACACAGACCAGCCUGUGCCUCAACUGGACGCCUCUUCCAGAGUCUGAAUAUAACAGCAGUCCAGAGACUGUGGGCUACCGCCUGCGAGUAUGGAGGACAGAUGGCGGGGGAGAUGACAGGACCGUUGAUGUUGAGGGAACGGGGAGGACCAGUGAGGCCACAGUAGAGGGUCUGAGGCCUUGGACCAAGUACCAGGUUCAGAUACAGGCCUACAACUCCAUAGGAUCCGGACCAUGGAGCAACACUGUUGCUGCACACACAGCAGAAUCUGUUCCAUCUGGAUCUCCGCUGAACGUGACUGCUGAGGCUGUGAGUUCCACCAGGAUCCUGCUCACAUGGUCUGCUCUCCCUCUGGCACAGAGGAAUGGAGCGAUACUUGGAUAUAAGGUGUUGUACAGUGAAAAGGACUCAGAAGGUCCCCCCAGUGUUCAGGUGGCAGAUGGAGAGGGGAGCGUGACGGUGCUCCUCGGGGGUCUCCAAAAAUACACGAUGUACGUGCUGCAGGUGCUGGCGUACACACAGAUGGGUGACAGCCCCCCCAGCGACCCGAUCCUGCUCAGAACCAAAGAAGAUGUCCCAGGCCCCCCUGUCAGGAUGGUGUUUCCAGAAGUUCGAUUGUCAUCAGUUAGGGUGGUCUGGCAGCCACCCACAAACCCCAACGGCAUCAUAUUAGGCUACCAGAUCUCCUACCGCUUGGACAGCAGGGACCCACAGCGAUGGACCACAGUGGAGGUGGGCUCCAACGCUCGACAGUUCACCGUCACAGGACUUUCCUCUGAGCAGACCUACGUGUUCCGACUCACUGCUCGCACCGCCGUGGGCUGGGGCGAAGCACAAGAGGCCCUGGUUGUUACCACUGAACGCAGAGAGCGUCCCCAGCCGCCCAGGAAGCUGUCUGUUCCUCAGGACGGAGUUGAAUCUCGCCGUCUCCGCCUCCACUGGCAGAUGGGUGGUUCAGGCUCCUCCCCGCUGAGGUACUUCACUCUGCAGGUCAAAGAGCUGCCCAGCGGGGACUGGAAAACACACACCGCUGAUGUACUGUACAACGUGACCACCUGGACCGUUGACAGGCUGAAGCCUUUUACAUCAUACAAGUUCCGGAUGCUGGCCACCAACGAUGUAGGAGACAGUGUCCUCAGCAAAGAGACAGAGGCUGUCACAACUCUGCAGGAUGUGCCUGAUGAGCCUCCAGUGAUCCUCGCAGUGAAACCAACAACCACUACCUCAGUCCUGGUGCAGUGGAAGCGUCCCAGUGACGACAGCAUAAACGGGAUGUUGACGGGUUACAGGCUGUAUUACAGGGAGCUCCCUGUAAACUCCUCCACGCUCACUGAAGCAGAAGUCCAGGCAACUAAAAACAACACCACAAGUGCCCUCAUUACAACCAAGAGCACCUUCAAGACAGUCAGCAGUGCCUCGCUAACAGAAUUUGAGUUGACACAACUGAAGAAGUUUAAACACUACCAGAUUGUUAUGACAAGCUACAACAUCAUCGGAGAGAGUCCACCCUCCACUCCUGUGGAGGUGUCUGUCGGAGAGGCAGCCCCAUCAGUGGCCCCUCAGUCUAUCAGAGUGUCAGCUGUGUCUCCCUCCACUCUGGAAGUGACCUGGGACACUCCCCCCCUCGAGACCCAGAAUGGACUCAUCCAAGGAUACAAGAUCCACUACUGGGAGCGUGAGAGGCAGAACCAGACCGAGAAGGUCAAAGUGAUUUUUGUCCCAGACACCCGUGUGCAUCUCACCAACCUGACCAGUUACACGCCUUACCUGGUCACUCUGACAGCCUUCAACACGGCUGGCGACGGCCCACCCAGUGACCCCCGCGGAGCCCGCACCCUGCAGUCUGCUCCCAGCCAGCCCAGCUACCUGUCCUUCUCCGAGGUGUCAGGAGGAAGUGUCAAUGUAUCCUGGGGAGCUCCCCUCACUCCUAAUGGACAGCUGGAGGGCUACAGGGUCAUCUACCAGCCCACUGCCGCUGUGCAAGGAGUGAGUAAAGUGGUGACAGUGGAUGUGAGGGGCAGCUGGCAGCGAUGGCUGAAGGCUCGAGACCUGAUCAAAGGAGUGACAUACACGUUCAGCGUUCAAGCCCUCACAGUCAGCUAUGGGCCGGCAAUACAAGCAAACAUCACUGCUCAGCCUGUGCAAGGUAUUACACAAAGCAGUCAGCGGGAAGCACAAGGCAGGCAAGCAGCAGGCCUGGAGUCAGGCUACAGAAACAGUCCAAAAGCAAGCACGUCGUGUCAAACUGAUACUGGAUCAGGCAAUAAUAGAAGACCAAAUAAAACAGGCGCCCCCGGCUCACCGAUGGAUAUGUCCAUCACCAAGACGACCUCUGCGCUCACGAUCCACUGGUCUGAGGGAGACAUCGGAGCAGCUCCUGUCACCGGAUACGUGAUUGAGGCUCGUCCCUCAGAUGAAGGAGUGUGGGAUUCCUUCAUCAGACUCAUCUCCCCCAGCAGCAGGUCUGUUACGGUGCCGCUGGAACGCCUGAGGUCGGGGAUCAGCUACGAGUUCAGAGUCAUCGCUGUUAAUCGCUAUGGUUACGGACAGCCGAGUACACCCUCUGCUGCCCUCGCUGCGCUGUCGGAGCGUCCGUUCUACGAGGAGUGGUGGUUCCUGCUGGUCAUGGCUCUGGUGGGACUCAUCCUCAUUCUGGUCCUGGUCUUCGCCCUGCUGCUGCAUGGACACAGCACCAAAUACAAGGCCUGCAGCACAGGACCGCUGCCACCCAUGAGGCCGUAUGAGAGAGGAAAUCAAGGUCAGCCUUGUUUCUUCACCAGGAUGAUUCGGGCCAAACAGCUCCCUGAAGCAUCUCAGCAAAAAAAUAUCUCCCAGAAGCCCUGCUGUAAUUUGCGGAAGCACUUGUCCACAGCGGAGGAGUCAGUGACGCUGGACAACGGAGGUUUCACCGCUCUGGAGCUCAACAGCAGAACGCUCAACACCAAGAACUCCUUCCUGAAGAAGAACGGGACCAGGUCUCCUCCCCGGCCCAGUCCAGGUGGUCUUCACUACUCUGACGAGGACAUCUGUAACAACUACAACGGAGCCGUGCUGACUGAGAGCACCACACUGACGGAGAAACACACUGAGGUCUCUGAGUCAGAGUUGACGGACAGCGACUACGAGGACGAGCAGCCCAAGCACUCCUUCGUCAACCACUACAUGAGCGACCCCACCUACUACAACUCCUGGAAGCGGCAGCCAAAAGGCCUUAAAGGGAUCGCCUCUCCAUUCGCCUACGAGGAGUGCGCCACUGCGGACACGGAGCCCUACUACCAGACCGUGGUCACCCAGCACAGCACAGGCGGCGCGUACACGCCCACAGGGCAGCCGGCGCACACACACGUCAACCCCAACACCAACCCGCCGGGGUCACGCACCCCUGUGACGGGAUUCUCCUCAUUCGUUUGACUCUAAAGACAAAAUCUGCACAAAAUGAUAUACACACACACACGCGUACACAAAUUGAAGGAGGUGGAGGGGUGUGUGUGUGUGUUUGGACUACAGGAGAGGGCGCCUGCGGCUUCAGAGAGAGGGGAGGACGAGGUGAGGAGACGUGGGACGGACUGGUGAUGAAACAGCCCUUCAUGCCCCAAAGAACUAAACCUACACUUCUUAUUCGCCUUCUCCCCUUGUUCACAAAGACCCUCACUGUGUCGACGAGUGUGUGUGUGUGUGUGUGUGUGUGUGUGUGUGUGUGUGUGUGUGUUGCUCUCCUACUCCUUUACGCCUCUGUGUCACUGUGCUUACACACAGUUACUGUUCUCCUAUUCACAUACACACACACACACACACACACACACAUUCACACCGGCGUUUCCCACCAGAUGUUCAUGCCUAUUCCAGAGACUCUCUAACGGGAGCGCAGAGCGAUGGCUACAUGAGUCAGUUUGUGUAAAUGUCGAGGAGAGAAUUCAACCUCAAAGUGGUGGAGCUUGGGAUUUCUGCACAACGCUUCUGUUUUCUGUAUUUACACAUAAGUGCACAAAAAACACACACAUGUACUCGCUGAUGCACCACUUCAGCAUCUCCCACCGGGAGAGAGGAACUUCAAGGUCGAGGAGAAUCAUUAAACGGCGGCACAGAGAGGAGCAUAUCUUGUUGACAGACUGGUUCAUGUCCACAAAAACGCAGCUGUCAACUUUAAAAUACCACCACAUGGGGGAGAGGAAAAAAAAAAAACAAUCAAUAAUCACAGUUUCUGAACUUGAUAAAGGACGGAGAGCGAGCGUGGGAAGAGGCUCUUCAGAAGUUAAGGCAGUCUGAGAGAGUUCUGUGUGGUUCCUGAGAGCGUUGUGUGAUGUUGAGGUUUGAGUUGGAACAUAAGAAAAACAUGUUUUUUUACUGUUUACUGCCUGUUGUCAGCGCUCCUUAUACCGCAGCCUCCCAAGCCAUAAUGCUUGCACUGAGCCAAACCCCAAACAUUUCAUCUUAAUUAUGUUGAAGCUUAAUUUUUUACAAGUGUGAGUGUGUGUGUGUGUGUGUUUUGAGUGGUGACACACCAGUACGUGUGUAUAAAUGGCUCUAUGCUCAGUCCAGACGCCUGCUCAUCCGUCUCUGUUGUUCACUGCUUAGCGAAGCGUGCCAUUGUAUGUGUGUUUGUAUUUUUCAGAUGGAUUUUGUACAGGGGAGCCCUUUUUACUCGUGUGCUGUUGUCUGUAGUUCGGCCAUGUUUGUGUUAGUCGAAGCAAAUAGUGAAACAGAACUGGAGCGAGUCUUCAGCUUCACUGACCGAUGAGACGGAAACGGAGGAGACAGAGACAAGAAUGAUACAAAAAAAUAAAAUAUAAGCAGCAGUGAACGAGUGCGGAACAAGAUUACGGGAUAUUAAAGAGAAUCGUUCUUGUUCAAACUGAGUGUGAUUGAACUUUUUUGAGAAAAAGCCCCGCUGUACUCUGAACUCUGUGCUCUGGCCUCACCUCCAGCUGCCAGGCUGACACUCACGUACUUUGCACCUCCCUUCAAGUGCAAACAGAAGCUCAUCGGUAAGUUUUUGCUCAUGUAUAAUUUAACGAUUCUCCUCCCAGCAGCCUCCCUCACUCUGUCACGCUUGUUUUGAGUCCCAUACAGUGUGUGAAUAAAUGGUCAUUGUUUAA